AAAAUGGUCGAUGAUAUGGAAAAGUAUAGCCAUUCUGGGUGGGGAUCGAUGAAGUCAGUCAGCACUGCUUCUCAUUUCAAUCCAGAGGAGUACCCUCUCCUAGCAGAGUUAGCAGAGUUUCUCGUGCAGUUGCAGUCUAUGAAUUCUUAUGAGGAUAACGUCCAGGCUCUUGCAUCUGGAACUAUUUUAUGUAACAUCUUCGCUGAUUCCAUUAACAGUGAUGGAAUUGAAGGUUAUCACCACGAUGCGAAAGCUAGUUCGGAGUUGGCAGAGGAGAAUUUCUCUGUGUUACGUCGUGCUUGCCAUGGCAUUCAGAUUCCUGAUGCCUGCAUUGUUACUGUGAAGAAUUUUGAAAAUGGGGAUUACGAUCUGAUUGAGUUGAUGCUUGUUAUGUUCACCAUUCGAGGAAUGGCAUAUGGUCUUACCGAUGUUCCAGAAGAUUUGGAGCGUAAGCUUCGAGAUUAUGAAAUCAAGAUUAACUCUCUGCCAAAACGUGAUGUGAGAGUGUGCCAAAACAUUCUCCAUAUUUUCCGACUGCAGAAUAAUAACAAGGAUAUUCCUGUGAUUGAGUCUCUGUCGGAUUCAACCAGUGAAUCGAGCCAUGAAGUGAUGGACGAUACCGCGUUCUAUCAGAGUGAUGAGGAGGACAUUGAUCUAAGAAAGCUUCCUGAGGAGAUAAUGGACUCCGUGAACAGCAAUCCUAUUGGUAGUUCGGGCCAUUCUGGCAACGGCGGUAUUAACCGCGAUGCCCUCCCAACCGAAGUCUCGGACUCGAUGAACAGCAACCCUAUUAGUAGUUCAGGCCAUUCUGGUAGCGGCCUCAUUAACCGUAAUGCCCUUCCUACCAAUCUCUCGGACUCAAUGCGGUCUAAGUCCUCUAUCAGUUCAGGUAGUACUUCCACGGAUUCUGAGGAAAGGCAACAGCGUGGUGGCGAUAAUGAUAAUGGUGAUGGCCAUCUGGUUGGGUAUGUGGAUACCCGGCCUGAAAAUUUCCAGCCUGGAAGGGACCCUGCUUUCCAACCUGAAAGUCUCGGUGGUUCAACGAAUCAGAAUUCCAUGGCUGCUUCGGGUUAUAAUUCUCUGAAACAGGGAGAUAAGCAGCAUGGUGGUUCUACCCAAGUUGAUACCCGUCCUGAAGACGUUGAUAUUAGAACGAUCAAUUCUUUAUCAACCGAAGACAAGCAGUCUGAUGAUAAUUAUAGUCGUCCUGAUGCCCUUCCUGAAGACGUUCUGCCUGGCACGAACCCGGCUCUCCGACCUGAAGAAUUUGUGCCCGGGGUUCCUGAGAGUGGCGGUUCAGUGGACCCAUUCCAGCAUUUGCGACAUCAUUGGGACCCGCUGGACAACUGGGAACCUCUUCCGAUCGAAGACCAGGAGUUCGAAACAGAGAAGGAUUGCGAGUUCCCGUUCCUUUGGGACGAUACAUCUCCUCUUACUCUCGACGACCGUAUUCAGAGAAUGGUGGACGCGCUGCAUCCAAAGUCCACAACCGUUGUACCUAAACCGCCUUCCGAGACGUCUUCUGUAAGUUCUUCUGAGGAUCGUGUUGAUCUGCCGAGUCCAGGACCACAGCCUCCUGUGAUCAAGGAUAGACGAGAUGUUAUGAAGGAUAUGGAUAACAUGGGACGGUUUCCUGACAGUAGUGAGCUACAUUUUCAGCCCAUUCCCCUUUCCAAAGCUACAUUUCCGUCCAGAAAACCGAGUCCUUACAUUAUCGCCCUCUUCGUGGUACUCAUGUUAUGUUGCGUUGCUGGAUUUAUUACCUGUGGUGUUCUGCUCGCAAAGAUCAAUUAGAGUUUGUAGUG